UUUCGGGAAGGAAAAGGCGGGGCCCUUUCCGAGCGCUGUCUUUCCUUCUCUCCAUCGGCAGAGUGAGAGAGAGCGAAGCCGCUUUGGACGGCACGCCCCGGGACCAUCGUCCUCCGCGCCGCGAUCUGCUGCCGGAAUUGCUUUUUCCGGAGGGUAACAACGACUGGCUUGCUUCUGAGCUCGAAUUCUCCGGCACCAAAUGGUUGGAAGACGUUGGUGCCUCAGUGUUCGGAUGUCAAGAAUGGUAAGAUGGGUAGGUUGAGCUUUUGACUACCGGGCUCGAACCGGUAGGUGGGGUUCCAGUUUUAGGCCAAGCUCGUCGGAGGGCAGCCGCAACUCUUCUCCGGCGACGGUGGUGAUGGAGCUCUGUCGGGUUUUGUUGGCGAGGACGUGAAGUGAGAAGAGUGAGGGUUGGUAGAGUAUUCGUCACUGGUUUCUUGGGGCUUUCGAUGAGAAUUCGUUGGCGGGAGUAACAGAGGAGAUUCAGAGUCGGUGGGGAUCGGGAAGGAGGUGUUGAGACCGGUUGGUGGUUUUCCAGCCGGAAUUUUCUUGUUCGGGCGGGAGCAGAGUGAUGCUGGUGGAGGCAGUGGAGGAAUUGGAGAAGUCUUCAACCAUGACAGCAUCCAACGUGACAUCGGCGUCCGGCGAGGCGAGCGUCUCGUCGGGCGGCGGCAAUCAGAACCAGAACCAGGAGGCCCCUGCUCCAGCGGCUCCUGCUGCUCCGCCGCCGAAACGAAAGAGAAAUCUGCCCGGAAUGCCAGAUCCAGAUGCGGAGGUGAUUGCCCUUUCGCCGAAGACGUUGAUGGCGACGAACCGAUUCGUGUGCGAGAUCUGCAACAAGGGGUUCCAGAGGGACCAGAACCUUCAGCUGCAUAGGAGAGGGCACAACUUGCCGUGGAAGCUCCGGCAGAGGACGAGCAAGGAGGUGAAGAAACGGGUGUACGUCUGCCCGGAGACAACGUGCGUCCACCACGAUCCAGCGAGGGCUUUGGGGGACCUAACGGGGAUUAAAAAGCACUUCUGCCGUAAACAUGGGGAGAAGAAGUGGAAGUGCGACAAGUGUUCCAAGAAAUACGCCGUCCAAUCCGAUUGGAAGGCUCACACCAAGACCUGCGGCACCCGCGAGUAUCGUUGCGAUUGCGGCACCUUGUUCUCGAGGAGGGAUAGCUUCAUUACCCACCGAGCGUUCUGCGACGCGUUGGCUGAGGAGAGUGCGAAGGCGCAUACGGUGGUGGAAAGCGCCCCCGCCGCUCCCGCGGUGCCGGCGACCUCCUCCUCGGAGGAUACCAAUAACUCCAAAUCGAAAACGGGAGUUGCUGCUGCCCCUGCCGCCCAACGUGUGGAUUCUAGCAAUUCAGCCCUCGGGGCUGCACCUCCUCCUCCUGCUUCCACUCCUGCGGCACCUCUCGCGGCGCCUCAUGGCCCUCAUCUCCCUACGCAGCAAGAGAGUGGCGACUCCAGCGGGUUCUUGCAGCCAAUUGUGAGCAACAAUGGAGGUGGUGGCAACAGCAUCUUCGCGGCCCUCAUGGGCUCAGGAGGGGUGCACACGCAGCCGCAGGGUUUCACCGACCUCAUUGGUGCCAUGGCUCGAGGCGAACGUGCUGCAUCUGGAUGCUCGACUUCGACUUCAUCGUCUUCCUCCCUUGCUCCACUUGCGCUCUGCCUCUCGUCCUCUGCAUCCCCCGUAGGGCCGUCCACCCCGGCCAGUAUGGCGGCAUUGUUCCCUCCCGUGGCUCAAUCACAGAACCAUCACCAAUUCGCUCCUCAACCGCCUCACAUGUCCGCGACGGCAUUGUUGCAGAAAGCAGCGCAGAUGGGUGCAACAUCUAGCAGUUGUUCUCUAUUCCGGGGAUUUAGCCUUGCAUCACCAUCUUCUUCAUCUUCAUCAGCGCUGCAACAGGAUCAGUGGGUGGACAGUUUGCAGCAGCCGCGUACAACCGCGGGUUUGGGGCUUGGCUUGAUGUCAGUUCCCUCGUUGAGCUAUGCGGGCCACAACGAGGACAUGGGCAUGCCCGAACUAAUGGCUACCUCCAUUUUCGGAUCGCCGGUGACGAUUCCGAAGCCUACCACACUGGAUUUCCUUGGACUCGGAAUGGGCGGUGCCGCUCCAAGUGGUCUAUCCGCGCUCAUUACAUCGAUGAAUGGUGGCAAUAGUGGUGGUCUCGACAUGGCAGCUGCCACCUCGUUCGGUGGUGGCGGCGGUGCAUCUCGUAACGGCGCCGGAAGUUCUCCCGGGAAGUCUUGGGAUGGCAGCUGAAAGUGUCUUGUUUGGCGGUUGUUUUUCUUGGCGUCUAGUAAUUGUGGCUGUAGAAAGAGAGGUAUGACUAGCAAUUGGUCUUGCAACUUUGUUGGAUGACGAGAAUGCGUUUGGCGUAGUGGCCGUAGACGAAAGACGAGAAGGCUGAAAGGAAAACGAUCCUCUCAUCUUCAACGAAGAGAAGCUCUUUGCUCUCCUCGGCUCCCUUCCAGUAAGGGAAGAUAAUCAAAAGCCCCCCUCUCUCUCUGUCUCUUUGCUCUUCAGGCAGUAGUACACUUUUGUUUAUUUAUUUUCCUUCCCGUAUAGAGCAAAUGUCAUGUACAUAACAAUGUGUUCUUUUGAAAUGAUGGUGCAUUUUCUCA